CUGGUUGCCGACCUUGCUUCGUAGCCGUGCUCUUCAAGACCUACCCCUUCUCACCAUCCGCCCCUUCACCCUCCUCCUCCUCUCCUCUCUCCCCUCAUUCCCUCCCCAUCUCACUCUCUCCUCCGCCUUUCUCCUCUCCUCAUCUGCCGCAGCUGGUUGUUGA